UGGAACUGACCGCGUUUGACAAAGGGAUUUUGUUCAUUAGACUUUAAUUUUAGAAUAGGCAUCAUGCAUUAAAUAAGUAACACUUCGGCAUAAAUAUUACUUUCUGUGGCAUCCUCUUCGACAGGCAUAUUUUACAAGGGAUUAAAGCGGAACCUUUGUUAUUCGACUGGUGUCUCUCCGUUAAACGCGUUGCACCGAGCCGUAAAUUGUGAAAACGUUACAUCCGGUGAGGUUGCCUACACAGCAGCAAUAAUGGCAGCGUUUUCUGAAAUGGGAGUUAUGCCUGAAAUCGCUCAGGCUGUGGAGGAGAUGGACUGGCUGCUGCCUACUGACAUUCAGGCAGAGUCUAUCCCCCUCAUUCUUGGUGGUGGAGAUGUGCUAAUGGCUGCAGAAACUGGUAGUGGGAAAACGGGAGCUUUCAGUAUCCCACUGAUCCAGAUUGUAUACGAGACGCUGAAUGAUCAGCAGGAGGGGAGGAAGGGCAGAGCCUCUGUCAAAACAGGAGGAACGAUUUUCAAUAGCUGGCAGAUGAAUCCAUAUGAUCGCAGUACAGCCCUUGCAAUCGGCCCUGAUGGACUGUGCUGCCAGAGCAGAGAGUUCAAAGAGUGGCAUGGCUGUCGCUCCACUAAAGGGGUCAGUAAAGGCAAGUACUAUUAUGAGGUGACCUGCCAUGACCAAGGUCUGUGCCGAGUGGGCUGGUCCACCAGUCAGGCAGCUCUGGAUCUGGGAACGGAUAAGCAUGGAUUUGGUUUUGGCGGCACUGGAAAGAAAUCCAACAACAAGCAGUUUGACAGCUAUGGAGAGGAGUUCACCAUGCAUGACACCAUCGGAUGCUACCUGGAUCUGGACAAGAGUGAGAUUUCCUACUCUAAAAAUGGUAUUGACCUGGGUUUGGCUUUUGAAAUCCCUCAAAAUCUGAGGAAUCAGGCUUUCUUUGCCUCAUGUGUUCUCAAGAAUGCAGAGCUCAAGUUCAACUUUGGAGGAGAUGACUUUAAACACCCCCCUAAGGAUGGGUUUGUGGCGCUGGACAAGGCAGCUGAUGCUCAUACCGUGAAGUCCCCUCAGACAGGCACUGCCAAAGUGAGUCAGGUGAAGGCGUCCUCCAAUGCUCCCAAAGCCCUGAUCAUCGAGCCUUCUAAAGAACUGGCUGAGCAGACCCUCAACAACGUAAAGCAAUUUAAGAAAUAUGUGGAUAACCCCAAAGUAAGGGAUCUCCUGGUGAUUGGUGGUGUGCCUGCCAAAGAGCAGAUGGCGGCUCUGGAGCAGGGGGUAGGCGACACGUCCCACGUCCAAGCAAAUAUUCAUUUAGUUUUGACACAACACGCUCAAAGACGAACUGUGUCAUCUCACAUCCAGGUGGACAUUGUGGUAGGAACGCCUGGCAGGCUGGAUGAUCUCAUCUCCACAGGGAAGCUCAGCCUGGGCCAAGUCCGUUUCCUGGUGAUGGAUGAGUGUGAUGGGCUUCUGUCAGCAGGCUACACGGACUUUAUCAACAGAAUCCACAACCAGAUCCCUCAAGUCACCUCUGAUGGCAAGAGACUGCAGGUCAUCGUAUGCUCAGCCACGCUGCAUUCAUUUGACGUAAAGAAGUUGUCUGAGCGCAUCAUGCACUUCCCCACCUGGGUGGACCUGAAAGGCGAGGACUCCGUUCCAGAGACCGUCCACCAUGUCGUGGUGCCUGUCAAUCCUAAAACUGACCGUCUGUGGGAGCGCGUCGGCAAGACCCACAUCCGGACGGAUGAAGUCCACGCCAAAGAUAACACCAGGCCAGGCACCAACACUGCAGAAAUGUGGUCAGAGGCCAUCAAAGUGUUGAAGGGGGAGUACACAGUGAGAGCCAUUAAAGAGCACAAAAUGGACCAGGCUAUAAUAUUCUGCCGCACCAAGAUCGACUGCGACAACAUGGAGCAGUACUUGAUGCAGCAAGGAGGAGGUCCGGACAGUAAAGGUCACCAGUUUUCCUGCGUUUGUCUCCACGGCGAUCGGAAGCCGCAUGAGCGUAAAAACAACUUGGAACGCUUCAAGAGAAAAGAAGUGCGGCUGUUGAUCUGCACCGAUGUGGCUGCCAGAGGAAUCGACAUCCAUGGAGUUCCUUACGUGAUUAACGUCACGCUCCCAGAUGAGAAGCAGAACUAUGUCCAUCGCAUCGGCAGAGUUGGACGAGCUGAGCGAAUGGGAUUGGCUAUUUCCUUGGUUGCUAUGGAAAAGGAGAAGGUGUGGUACCAUGUUUGCCAGAAUCGAGGCAGAGGCUGCUACAACACCCAGCUGAAGGAGGACGGCGGCUGCACCAUCUGGUACAACGAGAAGGAGCUCCUGUCAGAAAUCGAGGAGCAUUUGAAGUGCACCAUCACCCAGUGUGAGCAAGACAUCAAAGUACCCGUGGAUGAGUUCGAUGGAAAAGUGACCUACGGACAGCGCAGAGCGUUGGCAGGGGGGAGCUACAAAGGUCAUGUGGACGUUCUGGCCCCGACAGUCCAGGAGCUUGCCACCCUGGAGAGCGAAGCUCAAAUGUCCUUCCUCCACUUGGGUUACAUGCCAAACCAGCUCUUCAAAGCCUUCUGAAAGUAGCUAGCAAGGCGGCCUCAGAGUGGAAUUGUUAGCACACACCUCUUGAGUUCACGUCCUGUAAUGGUUUCCAGCUGAGCAGUUUAUGAGAACGGUGCAGGGUGCUGAUACCUGCUGGGUAAAUCCUUAUUUGUUCAACUUAAUUUAAAAUUUAUUUUGUUAAGAUAAGUCAAUAAAUGGCAUUGGUUUGAUUUUUUUUCCUUAAAUAAACUGCUUAGACCUGGUCAUUUGUUUUUUCUUUUGUCUGUGUGGUUUGUUAAUACGUGUGCGUUGUUUUUUUAACAAUACUGUAAGAUGAGAGCACAUCUUGGGUCUGACUGUUUCUUUUUUUUUUUUUUCU